UCUUUUCUUUAUUAAAGAAAUUCAAAUAAUAGAAUAUAAUUUUCUGUAUAAUUUUUAUAUUUCUAUGUAAAGAACAAUAAUAAUUUUUUUUAAUUUAUUAUAUCAAUAUAUAUAAUACAUAAUACAUUAAUAAUUUACAAUAAUUAAUAAUUUAUAUUUUCAAAUAUUUUUAAACAUAAUGAUAUUUUAAUAUAUUUGAUUUUAUUAUUUUUUUUAAUAUUUAAUUAUUUUUAAUUUCAUUAGAUAAAUAUUUUUAUUAGAAUUUUGGAUUGAAAGUAUAAAAUGGAAGAAAAAUCUCAUAUUUUAUUUGCCAAAGAAUUUGCAAUAUUAUGAUAUAUUUUAAAUAGUGAUUGUUAUAAUAAAACAUUAAAAUAAUAACAGAAAAUAAAAAAUUUUAUGGAUUAAUAUUAAAUUCAAAAACAUAAUGUUUUUUAAAACAAAAGAUCAAGGAACACUUAUGGAGGAAUUCCUUGAAACCAAGAAGGCGGUAGGAACGUGAACCCACGGGUCCGCGGGGAGUGUGACGACGGUCCUGAGGCUACAGUCCGUCGGCGGUGUAGUGCUCGCUAGUGUGCGUAGGUGUGUGCUCCGGGUUAGAGGCUUUUACACGUACGAGCUGACAAGCGUCUGUGAGCGACUGUUUUAUACAGAAGAUUUGGUAAUGUGUGAGUAAGGCAGUGAGAGUCCGUAAAGUAGCGCGUUCCGGGUGUGAGUGAAGUAGCGGCUGUCAGUGAGUGCGCGCGCGCCGUCUCGGCUGGUUCGAACGGUUCAGUGGUGUGUAUGCGGCCAUGCGCGUGUAUAUGUUGUACGCGGUCGACAAGAUAUGAAGUAAAGGCGGUGGUGGAGGAGGACGAGGAGAAGAAGGUAGUAGUAGCGGUGGUAGCGGUGGCGGUAGUGGUGGUAAUGGUAGUAGUAUAGUGAUUGAAUGUGUGCGUGAUGCCUGCUCGGUUAUAUGGCUCGACAAGUCGCAGGCAGUUCAGUUGAGCAACUGAGUCUGAGUCCAUACGUGUGCAUGUGACGCGAAAGAGCGAGGCGGAAAGAAAGAGAGAGGGAUCGCGUGUGUAAUUCGAGUGAAAAAGAAAGAAAAAAAUGUAUAUUCGAAGAAGGAAAGAUGUCAAUAAUUUGGUGGUAUAGUGGUCGCGUUUCUUCGAUUAUGAUAAAUAAGAAUAUCAUGGAACAUGCACCGAUGACGACGUCAUGACCGUGUCGUGGUAUUGUAGUCGCCAUCUCUCCCGGUUGGUCGGUCGGUCUACUGUGACGGAUUUUCGUGAUGUGAGUGCACGCGCAUUUGGUCGAAAGAGCCGACGAAAAUUACAGCAGUGGCAAGGGCAGUAGAAGCCCGGAUUGUUGUGGCGCGGUGCUGAUGGUUCCCGGGAAUUCGUGUCGACUCUUACGUUCAUCGUCAAUACUCACGGCAUAGGUGACACGGUGGAGUGGCGGUCUACGAGACCACGACGACAACACACCACAGCAACGAUGGCAUUCACAGCUUUAGUGUACAUAUGUGUGUUGCUACGCGUGCGCGUGUGAAGUCGCUCCGCGAGAAUGUUCUUUUGUGUGCGUACUAUUCGUUUGCUCGCUCGCUCGCGCCCGUUCGUGAGCUUUCUUGUGGGAACAUAGUUGCGUAUGGAACAUGUGUGCGUACCAGUAUAUGUGUAUGCACGUGCGCGAACUUCUUGUAUUGUGUGUCAGUGACUCUCCAUAUUCACGGUGGAAGUAAGUGAGGUAGUUUCAUCGCUGUCACGAGUAUCCACUACCUGCCCUAGGAGUCUUACUAUACGAUGCCUAUAUCGUCUCUCGUCUAUUUAUACGACGACCAUACAUGUACUUACCUCUCCUCCCUCAUCUUUCCUCACAGUCACUCUUUUAAUCUUCUUUCUCUUUCUCUUUAAUUCUCUUUCUCCUUUCUUAUUUUUCUCUGUCUUAUUUACUCUUUCUUCCUUUCUUUUACUCUUAAAGUUUUUCCAUCUCUCUUCUACAUUCACUGUGCUGCCCCACCAGUUUCCCCUUUCGUAUCGGCUCCCUUUCUCCCGCCUCUCUCCCCACGUCUUUCUCUUCUUCUGCCUCUUCCCUCACCUCGUGACGACAUCCGCGAACGAGCAAGCGACUCGGCUCGAAUCGCCUCGAGUCGAGCCGAGAGAGCCGCGCGCCGAAGUCCACCGUACACCCUCGUAUCCGUACUUACGUACACGCGGAAUGUGCUGCCAGGAAUUCUCUCUCACAAUGGAUUUAUUGUGUUAGUGAGUAACAGCAGCGUGUGCGCGAUAGUAUAUCGUGAGUGAGAGACGACUAGAAGACGCUGACCAGAACGACAACGACGACGAUUACGACUACGACGACGACGAUAACGACGACGACAACGACGACCAGGAGGACGACGAACAGAAAGAACGUGCGCGUCCGGCUUAACUCACGAGUCAAGAUGGAGCUAGUAGACGCGGUACGUGAAUUUCGCGAAUUCAGUGCGAUUUUUAGUAAGAAUUGUGCGCCUAAUGUACGUCAUAUAAAACCUAAUAUCGCGAUUUUUCCUCGCGUUUAUUGUGUAUUAAUUGUGCUUCAUUCUUUCCUUAGGAUUUUCUCUGUUAUUUUCGUAUCUCUAGUUAACACGACAUUUAUACUUACAUAUAUAAUAACAAAUUUUCGUGUCGUUUAUUUUUGCCGAGUCUUGAUUCGUACUCUAAACUCUGCUCUUCCUAACCUUUUGUGGUCCGUUACGCGUACAUAGUUUUCGAUGAAUUUCAGUCAAUUUGUAUAUAUACGUGCAUAUUAACGUUCUUUCAUUUUACCGUGUUUAUUGGGAUUUUUCUCAAAGUGUUUGUGCUAUUGUUGAAUGCGUUUCCAGAAUUUAGACGCUAAUACUCGUAUGUAAUAUAUCGGCUUUGCGCGGUAUGAUUGAUCAUGCUGCGGCGGAACUGAAUGGAAAGUAACUCUUUGGGUGAUUUAGGAUAAUAAUUGAGCAAGAUGGUUCUGUGCGCACAAAAGUGCUAUAAACGCAACCAGCGAUCAAGGAUUAUCAAUUCUAUGUAAUUCUUAAUGGUGCUAAGCCCUAGACAUUGACUAGAGGUACGAGACAAUUAAGAAAGAAGAGAAAAGUGUUCGCCUAAGAAGAGAAUUUUCGGAGGAGGAUGCUCGGCAGUUGGGGCUGGGAAGAAGAAUUGGAGUUGGGAGAGGGAACAGCAACCCUGUCACAAGAUAGACAAAGACGAGAAAGCCCAGACUCGACGCAUCCUGUCCCCGACAGCCGGGUGCUGAGGUAUGCACCCAGCCGGUGUCACCACCCUCCCAGCUUCAACUCGCCACAUUUCAGCACACAGCCUCCUCUCGACUGUACAGACUAGCAGCGUGAGGUGGCCAAAAUGCUGACUGCUCACUCUGAGAUGCACGAAAAACGGGAUCCCCUUGGAGGCGGACAAUAUGGAGCAGGCGGGGGUGGUGGCGGCAGUUCGAUUGAAGAGAAAUCUAUUCCGGAACAACCACCCCCGCCGCCGGUGCCUCCUCAGCGGGAUCCGUCUGAUCCAACGAUCAGUGCUAAGAAACUUCCAAAGAAACGAAAAUAUGAUUUAUCGGAGCUUGAGGAAAUGGAUAAAAGCAGCAAUGUAACAAGAACCGUAAAUAAUAUGGUAAACAUACGGGCACCGAAUAUGCCACUCAGUCAAUCAGGUUUAGUUCAACAGUCAACUUCAGCAACUCGGCAAUCUCCGCAACAACAAGAAUCAGAUUGUUAUCAAGUAUCCUCGGCACAUUCAGUGGUAGUUUUACCACCUCAAAGUACAGCAGUGGAUUAUUCUGUUCGAGAGGAACCUUUACGUCCUCGUCCUCGGCCUGUUGCUAUUGAUCUCAGUGAGUGGCGCGACCACAGAGUGUUAGCUUUAAGGGAUUCAUAUUAUUAUCCAGGUGUUAUUCGUAAUGUUGUUCAAGGAGAAAUUUAUAUUGAGUUUGAUGGAGAAAGAAAACUAAUGCGUUAUACUGACGUUUUGGGUGCGGGAAGGUACGAUGUGAUAGGUGAUGCGAGCCCCUCGGUUGGGCAAGUGACUUUAGAUGCAAAAGUUUGUAUCAAGUGUCCAUCAAACAAUCAUAUUGAUGCGGCUAAAGUGUUUGUAAAAGGGACAGUGUGCAAGAUUUUAUCAAAUCCUAAGCGUUUUGUUGUUAAAAUAUCAAGGGAAGAUGAUCGAAAUGAUAGUUAUGUUGUGACACGUGCGGAUCUACGAUUAGUGCAACCUCCUUGGUGGGAUGAAUUAGAGGAAGGACUAGAAGACUGUGAUUCUGCAAGGGUCGAAGGAAUUGAACAUGGCUAUCGAAAUUCUUCAGAAGCUCCAACAGCAGUGCCAAUUUUGCAACUUCAUCACACUUCUCAUCAUACAUCUCAUAUAUCAACUCAUAGUGAUACAGGUGGUUAUUAUAGAACGACUGGUACUAGUCCUCUCAUGACUUUAGGCACUUCUGCACAUCCUGCCACUACAGCAUUAAGUAAUGGAAGUCGACCGUAUGAUGAUUUAGAAAGUGAAGAUGACUUAGAUAGGGAAGAUAUUACAUUCCCUUCAGAUGCAGAUGCAAAAUUGUCAGGGAGCAGUAAACGAAGCAGCAUGCAAAGUCGAGGAAGUACCAGUAGUUUAGUUGAACAACGCAGUAUAACUCCUCGUUCUCAAGCAGCCACGCCCAGAUCUCAGGCGGCAACGCCACAUAGAUAUAAAAAAGGUGAUGUAGUGGCUACACCAAGUGGAGUUAGAAAAAAAUUUAAUGGUAAACAAUGGCGUAGACUUUGUAGUAAAGAAGGAUGUUCCAAAGAAAGUCAACGAAGAGGAUAUUGUUCUCGUCAUCUUAGUUUGAAAGGAUCUUGUCUUAGAGGUCCGACAAAUACUUUUCCUGGUGGCAAAAUGGAUGGUGAAGAAACAUCUAGAGAUUCUGAUACUUCUCCAAAUUAUGGAGAUAAAAGAAUUGCUGGUCGAUUUGAUCCAGAUGAAACUGAAGCUGCUAAUAUGCUUGUUUCUUUAGGAAGUUCUAGAUCGGCAACACCAGCUUUCUCUUCACCAACGGGACAAUCUUCGAUAUCUCCUUGUAUCAAUCAAUCUCCAGUUCCACCCUUGGGACUGAAUCAAAACAAUGUGUUUAUGCCUAUUUCAAGUCCUGCUCAUCAUGCUACUCCAUUAAUCUCGCCUGGUGCGAAAUGGAAACAUUCACCUACUCAAUCUACUUUCCUUACUCAAUAUCAACAGCAAGUGAUAAAACCUGAACCGAAUCGAGUGGUUAGAUCGAAUCGUUCAGCUCCAACUGCCCCAGUUCCUGCUAGUAUAGGAACAAGCGUGAUAAGAAUCUCUCCUGUAAGUCGUGGUAUACCAGGAUCCAAUCUAACUUCAUCAUGGUCAGAACAAAGCCCACCGCCGCGGCAUCCAUCGGUUGUGACGACUAUAGCUCAACAACAACAAGGCAUCAUUCUUCAACAUGCACUUACAACGAAUAAUGGUUUUCCUAAUCAUUCUGAAAUUUCAGAACAAAAUUCACAAAUAUUAAAACCAUCUCAUUCACCUCAUAUGCCACUAUCUACAUCAACACCACAAAAUUUGACUCUUCUACAUAAGCCUUUGGAACAACCUGUUGAUUAUGCUCAACCACAAACGCAAAAUCAGCCAAUUUAUGUGAUGCAGCAUCAACAUGAAAAAAAGUAUCUUGUGAUAAAAAAUAGUAUGGACGUAUCUGCAGCAGGCCAUAUAACUAAUCAAGAUGAUAAAUAUAGACCAGCAUUAAUGAAUCACUUAGGUCAACUUCCAGCAACAUUACAUCAAACGCAAUGUCAGCCUCCGCAAUCACCUGCUGUUUCAUCCGUCCAUGUCGACAAAUUAUCCGUUUUACAAGCAAAUAAAGUGGCUACACAUGUAUCUACUCAUAUGGAUAUGCAAAGAACACAACCACCCCCUACGAGUGUUGUAAUGACAACUACUGAAGCUUCAAAUCCGCCUACUCCAACAAGUGUCUUCCAGCAUGUAAUUGUACAACCUGGGCAUUUGGUACAGAUUCCUAAAACGCAAUCAUCUAGAGAAGAAAAUUCUAAAAAUAAUGGAGUUCUGUAUGGUAGUCAUGAUGUUCCUCCUGCAUACCAGUCCCAUCCCCCAUCAUUAUUGAAUAAUGCAGGUCGCAACUGGAAAAAAGCAGCUUUUCCUUGGCAAACAACAGUUUUGGAUCAAUCAGAAGUGAGUCCUCCACCAUCUGCAUUGAGUCCACCAUUAAGUGCACCUCCAAUUCCAAUUAGUAUGAGUACACCUGGUGAAGAUGGAUCUGGACCAGGACCAGAUCCAAUAACUCCAGCUGAAGAAGAAGAUGAUGAUGUUUUUGAAACAGAACCCACAACUCCUGCAGAAGUCGAAGCUAAUGCUAAUAAGAGACGCAGUCAAUCCCUUAGUGCAUUGCAUUCCAAGGAACCACAGAGUCCUCUUAAAACUAAAGAUAGAAUACGCCGACCGAUGAAUGCAUUUAUGAUUUUUUCUAAACGACAUCGUGCAGUAGUACAUCAAAGACAUCCGAAUCAAGAUAAUCGUACUGUAUCUAAAAUAUUGGGGGAAUGGUGGUAUGCCUUAGGACCAGAAGAAAAACAAAAAUAUCAUGAUCUUGCAUCAGAAGUGAAAGAAGCACAUUUUAAAGCACAUCCAGAUUGGAAAUGGUGUAGCAAAGAUAGGCGAAAAUCUUCAACGACAAGUUUUAAAGGUAGCGAAUCUCGAGGAAAAUUAAAUAGUACUGGAGAAGAAACGGAUAUGGGACCACCAGCAGAUGAUGUACCAUUAACACCAAGAGCUACAGAUGAAAUUACUGUUCCCGUUACUACGGUAUAUAAUGAAGCUCCUACGAUUGAGGUUAUUAAUCAGUCACAUACACAUCGAAUAAUGGAAAUGCCUUUACCAGUUGAAAAUACAGAAUCUGAUUUAAAACAGGACGAAGAUGGUAAUGCGUCAGACGAAGAUCAAAUGGUAAUCUGCGAAGAUCCACAACCUGAAAUAGAUUUAAAAUGCAAAGAUAAAUUGACAGAUAGUGAUAAUGAUGUACAAGAUGAAGACACUGAAAAGAAAUGUUAUAUGCAAUCACGGUUCUCACCAGUAACUGGUCAGAAGAGAGAAGCAAUAAAUGUUAAACAAGAAAUAACCUGUAGGCCUAAACCGAUAAAAGCACGAAUACCUUCAACAGGCAUUGAAACUACGACGAAAUAUCAUCAUACUUCUAUGGACAAAGGAGGAAGCGUUUCUGUUUUACCCAGCACAUAUCCUUAUCAUAGUCCUGUUAAUCCAACUGGAGUAUCAGGUUUUCAACCUACAGGUGGAGCUUUUAUAACUAUGCCAAUAUCUCCAAAAGUUAUUAAACCAGAACCAGUAAAAAAUGAACAACAGUAUAGUACUCAAUAUAGUAUGAGUAAUUUGGUAGCAAGCAUUCAUGAAAAUGGAAGAAAUAUACCUAAAUUUACGGCUGCUCCGGUAUUACAUUCUCAGCCGUUGCAGUCUUUAGGCACUAUUCUUCGCCCCCUUACUUCAGCUGUCCCUUAUCAACCAUCGUUCACUCUAACAUUGCUCGAUAACGAUUUGGUGGCUGUUUCCAAACCGCAGCAGGGAUCACAGUAUCUUGGUCCAACACCACCUCAUUCCCGGAUGUAUUGUGGAUUUCAUAUACCUAUUUCUGAUGCUGGCAAUCGUAAUAUAUCUUCCCAAGCUUUAGUUUCUGGCAAUAAAAUGGAAACCCAAAGUGUAAUAGUGACCAAACCAUAUUCAGUUCCAACAACUUCCACUACAUCAACUUAUCGAGGAAUCGGUCAUCCAAUAGCUCGUCUUGCAGAACCCGAAAAAAAUGAAAAUCAAAUAGGAAACAAUCAUGCCCAAUUUUAUGUAACUAAUGUAAAAUCUGAUCAAGAAAGAAAAGAUACUGUGAAUAUUCUUUUAUCUGCUACAAAUGAUAAACAUAAACAACCAUCUACUCCACAUACUCCUCAUACACCUCUUAGUAAUCAUGGUAGUACUGAAAUUCCCACAAAUAAAUCAUAUUCUAUGGAUGAAACACAACCUAAUGAUAUAGGUCCAAGUAAAGGUCCUUUUAUGCUUGCUCCAACUCCAGCACAACUUGGUCGAGCACCGUUACAAAGGAGACAGUCAAUGGCAAUGCCUCCCACAUCAAAUGCAGGAGACCAUGGGCCUUUGACUUCUCAACAUUGUGAUAAUCGUCCACAAACGAACACAUCUCAAGCUACAGAACAAAUACAACAACAACAAAAUUUUUCAGAAUCUCAUGCUUCGCCGUCACCAUCUACCAAGAAGGGUUCUUUUUUCAAGAAAAAUGUCGAAGAUGGAAUGGACAGAGUUCUGGAGCAAGUAAAUUUCCAAGAAAAAUUCUCAUCCUUACCAGAAUUUAAACCAGAAGAUAUACAAAGUCCAAGUGCAAUCAGUAUCAAUACAGUGGGUUCAUCUGGUCAUGGUUCAGUAGUAACAUCUGGUUUACAUCCAUCAAAUUUACAAUCAUCAAUACAAAUGCAAAGUUACAGAAAAAAAUCCGCGCAAGGACCUCAUAGGCCCACAAUGAAUGAGGAUGACAUCGAAUCAGAUACAUCAAUAUCUGCUACUCCAAAAUCAACUUCUAGUGUCAAGUUGACAGGAAAUACAUUCUUUGGUCCAGAUUUUAACGUUGAUGCAUAUAGAACUAAUACUGAUCUAGUAGAUGUUGAUGCUAGUUCACCCAGAACACCAAAAACACCUGGAGGAGGUGCCGGAAAUUCUGUAGGAAUUGGCAGAAGUGAAAAUGAACGAGGUCACAGGAAAGUACUAGAACAACGUCGACAUCUUGUAAUGCAAUUAUUUCAAGAACAUGGUUACUUUCCUUCAACACAAGCUACUACAACUUUUCAAGCAAAACAUUCAGAUAUAUUUCCUAAUAAGACAAGUUUGCAAUUAAAGAUUAGGGAGGUCAGACAAAAAUUAAAAGCUAACUCUACACCUAUGAGUGCUAACAGUCUAGUUAGUCCACUACCUGUUUCUGAAUCUUCACCUAAUAUAACUGGACCAUUGACUGCUCCUCCUACAUCGAUGGGAGCUCCACAUUCACUGCCUGUAAGCAGUAGUGGUAGCUAGCGCCCACGUGCCAACUGUGAUACUAUGCAUCCCCUUACUCCACAACAUGAGUACAUCAUUAUUCAUUGAAAAAAAGGAAAGUUUUUAUUGGAAAAAUUGUUGAUGUACAAGUUUUAGCGAGUUGUAAAGUGCUGCAAGGCUUUAGUGCAAUUCAAACUUUGAUAUAACCUGGUGCAGGUAACUUAGACAGGCAUAUCAAGGUGAGUCGAUGUACAUAUAUCAGUAAUAUCUUUAUAUUGUAUAUAAAAGAAAUAUCGUAUCGAAUAUUUCUCAAGAUUACUACUGUUGACUUAAAUGUGUGUUCGAGUAUCUGUGUUCUAUUGGGAUAAUGACAUAUAAAAUUGUGAAAAUUUGCGUGAUAAAGAAUUUACUGUAUUUUAGUAACGAUAACGCUCAUUAGUAAAUUAAAAGCUCAACUUAAAAAUUUAAUCAUAUUAUCUUGUGUAAUAACAAAAUGAAAAAAAUAAUAUAAUGACAUAAAGUAACUGUUUCGCGCGCGAAAUAUUUAAUUCGAAAAAAAAGAGCUUUCUUCUCUCAGAAGGAAAGACAAUACUCGUCUGCAUUCUAAAUCUAAAGAUGAUUUAUGAAAUGGUAAUAUAGAAAUGAAAAAAUUAUUUUACUACGUUAUAAAGUUACAACUCAUAGUUGUACAAUUCCAAAUAUGCACGACUGAUAUUUGUACAUCGAUAUACCUUGCAAGGAUUAUGAAAGGCCUAAGCCAUUGUUAAACAUUGUUAAAAAUACUAUGAGAUCCAGUAGAAAGAAAAAAUGAAUAUGUGUGAUAUAGAAAAUGAAAUUUCGCGUGAGUGCAGAAUGUGUAUGGGUGUUUUUGAGAGAAAGAGGAAGAGAAAGUCGUAAUCAGAGAGUAUUAGAAUUAAUGAAACAUUAUAAAAUGAAAUCAGAGUUUAUAUACUUUAGUUAUUCUUUAUAUAUGAUAUAGAUAAAAAAGAAAAAUAUAAAAGGAAGAACUGCGAUAAACAUUGCACAAAAUUUAUGUAAUGCAGUCAACAAAUAUGUUUAUUUUACUUGUAAAUACUAUGGCAUGAAUUGGAAUGGGAGAUAUCUGGAGAGUUUAAAAUAUCUAUGAUGCUGUGUCUGACAAUUUUAAGACGAAAGCAUACUUCGGUGAUUCAUAGAUUAUAACAGUGGAGACAAAAAUCGUGCCAUUGUGCGGCGACAAACAAGGGAAUGCAUGCGUAAUAAAUCCCUUAAUAGUAAAGAAUUAAUUGUUAGACACCACUUGAUAUAGAUAAUAUGUAAUAUGUUUCCAAUAUUCUCGAAAGUACUUAUCUACUGUUUUUAGACCUCUGCUCAAAUUCAACGCGUUGAAUUUGUGUUUUAUAAGCAUUUUAAAGUUGAUCUGCUGAUGCUGAAGUUGUUUUUUUUUUUUAUUUCUUUUUUUUCUUUUUUUUUUUUUUUUUCUCUCCUUUUUUGGCCAAUUUAGAUAUAAGCGGUUUUAUAGAGGCCGUAUUUUUUUCUUUUUUUUUUUUUUUUUGGCCAUGACAAAUUAUUUGUUUUUACCUUUAGCAUGUCAUAAUCAAAUGCGUGUGUGAUCUAAUAAAAAAUUUGCAAAUAUAUAAGAUUUAAUAUUACCAUCGAGCACCGAGAUAAGAAAAAAAGUGCCGAGAAGAUUUAUUGAAUAUAUUGUUGCGAUUUGAGAAUUUUGUUACUAUGCUUUUAAUGGAACUCGUGUUGUUCAUUACGCAAAUUAUAUAUACAUUAUAUGUAUAUAAUAUAUUUCGUUUAUUUUAGUGCAUUUUAUCAAUCACAUGAUUGCUUUUACGUUAUAAAAAAUUUCAUAUCUCUAAUAGAAACGCGUUGAAUUUUAGCGGAGAUUGUUGAAUUUGGCUGUAAAAUAGAUUAUGUAAUUAGUAAUAUGUUUAUAAAAAAAAGCGCACUUUGAAAGGUUUAAAAAAGUCUCGCGCCACGGCACGCAUAUUAUAGUUAGGAUAGGAACAAUGUCUAUUCUACAUAUUUUGUAAAUAGAAAACAAAUAUAAUAUACCGAAUAUAUAUUAUAUAAAAUUUAGGAUACAUCCGAAACGGUAGAGUAGAGCAUUGUAAUUUGUAGAAUAAUAAUUAUAAAUGAAAGCGCGGGCAGGAUUAGAAAGAAUACGAGAAAAGAAAAGAUAAAAUUUACAGAUUGUGGGCCUUCGUGAACUCUUUUUGCGCAUGGAACGGUCCCCUUACCCUUCUCCAAAGUUAAUCCUUUCCUAAAGUGUUAGGAUAUUAUUUGUAUAUAGUACAUAACAUUACUCUCUUACGAUUUUUUGAUUUAUUAUUUUUUACGGAGCGUUAACGCACCGGUGGCAAGCGAUUACUGAAGAAAUGAGACACUUGAAAUCUGCACUGAUCACUCCUGUGAAUUAUACUCCGAAGAAGGAUUUCUUUUUUCCUUUUAAUACAAUUUUUUUCUUUUUAAGAAUAUAUUUAUUAUGUAAAAAAAUAUAAUUUAAUGUUAAUAUAUUCUUCGGAUAAGUUUAUUAGAAAUCAUUUAUACUGUGUUCAUAUCACUCUUUUUAAACAAUAUUAUUCUCAUUCACACAAUUUCUCUGCAUCUUCAUUUCCAUAAAAUAUCGCAUUGCAUCAAUUUUAUCGUAAAUAGCUUUUUUUUCGUUUUUUCUUUAAAGAAGGGGAAAAAACUGGCGAAUAUAUUUGUAAUUUAUAGUAGUUACAAAAAAAAAAUAUGAUUCAUUCAAAGAAAAAUUUUAUAAUAUUGUUUAAAAGCACAAGUUAUCUUAAAUUCGAUAUCAUUUAAUAAUAGUUUUGUAAAUACAUUAUUUUAUCAUGAAGAAUAUUUUAAAUAUAUUAUGCGUAUUUUCAUUUUAAAACAUUUGGUUUUCGCAAUAAUUUUAUAUUAAUCGAAUAAUUUAAUUUACAAUUUAUAUGAAAAAAAGCGAUAUAGAAUAAUAAGAGUGAUUUUUAAUAAAACUUUCUCACGUUAUGAAAAAAGAAAUAACAUUUUAUAUAAUAUAUCCUAAUUUAUUCCUCGAUUAUUAAAUUACUUAGUGAAUAUUUUUUUAUGUACAGGAAUGAAUCCUAACAGGGAUCGAGUGUCUCACUUGCCCUUUCAAAGAAUGUUAUAUUUUGUACUUGUGUAAACUAGUGAACUAUUUUCCAGUAUUGAUAAGAUUUUGAAGUUAUUUUACUAUAUUUUCUUCCUCUUUUCUUUUUUCUUUUUUUUUUUUAUUAUUAUUAUUCAAAAAUAAAAAAAAGAAUUGGUGAUGAAAUAUGUUCCGUGAUUUAGCAGCCAUAUAUGUGACUGUGAUCUAGGAAAACAGAAGUAAAGUAAAGUGGCGGCUAUUCUACUGGCAUUUUCUUCACCAUAUUAUAAUUCUUUUCCUAACUCCUUCUUUUGAAUCCUUUCUCCAAUUGUAUAAAAUGAACGCACUUGAACGAACCCUGUGCAUCCAUUUCUUAAUUUUCUCUCUCUCUCUCUUUUUUUAUUAUUCUUAUAUUACUUGCAGUAAUGUAUUUUAUUACGUUCUAAGUUGCUAUUCAUCUAUUGUAGUCAUUCUAUUAUUCCUUGUUUAAUUCUGAAAUAUUUUUAAAACUGUUAUACGAUUAUAAUAUCAGUCACACAGAAAUAAUGUUAUAAGAAAUAAUACCGAAUAUAGAAAAAAUAAUAAGUUGUGCAUAGAAGCGAUGAAAAAUAACUCUGCGUAGAAAGCAUACCAUAAAUCUUUGUUAUGUACAGCAUUGAUGCAUUGUACCAAAAAAAGUACAUGCAUGUACAUGCGUAGGUAAUAAAGUAUAAUUGUAUGAAGAAAAAACAGAAACAAAAUGUUACACUGUGAAAUAUUUGACAACUUAUAAAUGCAUACAUAUAUACAUAUACACAUGAUACAUAUGCAUAUACAUAUAUAAAACACAUAUUAUAGAAAUAAUAGGCUGAGGGAUUAAAAUCUGACCAAUCUAUGCAAUGUCGUCCGCAGACAAUUCAUCAAAUUUGAAAAAAUAUUUCUUAAAACUCUCGAUUUGAAACGUCUUUAAAAAUUAUUUUUCAAUUUUGGUUAAUAAGAUAAGAUGAAUUAUAUUCUUGAAAGUAUUCUAAGUCUUUAUAAAUAACAAUUUAAUAAUAAUAUUAUCAUUUUCAUAUUACGUGCAUAUGAUCUUACAAUUAUACUGCAUAUAAUUUAAUUAUAUAAAUGAUAUUCGAGAUAUUAAUAUUGCAUUUUUAAAAAUUUAAUACUGCAAAUAUAAAAGUUUGUAAUAUAUUUAAUAUACAUGUAAUUACUGGAUGCAUGUACAUAUUAUAGUACAUAUUUUUUUUUGUAAUAACAUUUCAUUAUUUUUCGAAUGUGUAAAAAAUAAUGACAAAUAGAUAUCUUUUAUUAAUAAUAGAUGAAUAUAACUCCUGAUUUAUAUCUUUUAUUGCUUUAUAUAUGGAUAUUCUUGCUAUUUUAUCAAUAUAUUUAAAGUAAUAGUAAUACUUUUAUAAUAAGUUUUAAACGUACAUUAAAAAUUGAAUUAUUACUUAAAGUAUAAAACAAUUAUUGACUUUAAAUAUUUUUUCUUUUAAUUAGUAAAAAAUAUAUUAUUAAAAAAAAAAAAGAAUAGAAUAUCUUUGAGAAUUUUAAAUAAAAAAUCUCAAGUUGUAUUAAUUACAUUGAAACAUUGCAUAUAUUUAUAUAUUGCACAUAAUAUUUCAAAUGUCAAUUAUAUUAAAUUUUAUUUAAUAAUUUUACAUAAACAAACAUUAUUAUUAAUUAUUUAUUUCGUUUAUUCGCGAGUGGAUAGAAAAAAAUAAAAAUUAUGUUUGUUAUGUAAAAUUACUUUAAAACAUAAAUUUAAAUAAAGCAUAAUAUUAAUAUUUUAUGUUGAUGAAUUAAUUAAUAAACAAAACAAAUUUUAAACAAUUUUUUAUAAAAUUUUUCUGAAAAUAAAUUUUGGUAAAGGCUAUUAUGAAAAAAUUGAAAUCCAAAUAUAUUAUAAUUAUCAUUGUUAGAAGAAUUAUGUUUAUAUUUAAUAGUUUUCUUUUUUUUCAUUUAAUCAUACGUAUAUAUUGAGAUUUUAUAAAUAGUAAAUACACAAAUAAAAUAUGCAGACGAUUUUUCGCGAUAGACAGAUUUUAAUUCCAAUGCUCCUAUACGAGAACCAGUUGUUGGACCAAAUUUGCCAUUAUGGCCAUUUUGACUUACAAAUACAUUUUCUAAAGAACGAUCCGAACGAUAUGGGACAUUAGUAUAACAAAAAAGAAAUCUCGAAGUUAGAAGUUUGUUCGAUAAGCAUUGUGAUAUUUGCGACGGACAUGUAUUUACAUUGCGGCAAGUUUUAAAAGAACAGAAAAUACCUUUUCGAAAAGAUAUACACGCGUAUUACGCAUGUAUGAUAAUAAUAUCCUUUAAAAAGGUAUUUUAUAAAUAAGUAUAUUAUUUAUUAACAAUAAAAAAUCAAUUUAACAAAAAAUUCAAAAAAUAAUUAUAGGUAAACAAUAUAAUUUCUCAAAAAAUUAAAAAAAGUUCUGUCAUGUUUAUAAUAACAACAUUUAAUAUUCAAUUUUUUUUAAAUUUAUUUUUUCUUUUUUUUUUAUGUUUUAAUUACAAUAAUGUUUUCUACAUAAUUUUUAUGAUAAUUUAUUUUCAUCGUAUCGGAAACUUUCAUUGUAAUCGUAAACAUAAUGAUCAUAAAAUAUUUAAGAUUUCACAUAUAAUAUGUGAUAAUUAUAUAUGUAAAAGAAAAAAAUUGAUAUUUGCGAGAAUUCUAGUUGUCUUCAAAUUCUUUCAAACUUCUGCAUACUUCCUUUUUCUUCUGUUUUUUUUUUUAUUUAUUUUUCAUCAUAACUUUUUAUUUAUUUUUAUAAAAUAAAUUAGUAUAAAUAUCUGAUACGAAGAGAAUGUAAUAGAAAAAGAAAUCCAUGAUUUUGAAUUCUAUUUAUUGUGUUAAAAAAUAUAAAAAUAUAUCUAAAAAUAGGAAUAUUUAUUGUAAUUACUUGUUCGUAGCAAAUUAUACAAUGUCACAUUGCUCUAAUGUGCACAAGAAAUAUCAGUUAUUUAUUCAUUGAUGCUUUUUCCUUAACAAAUUUCAUAAGCUCAUUUCACCAAUCAUAUUUUGGAAUGUUGCUUGCAUUUAGAGCAACAAAAGAAUCUCAUUUUAUCCAGCGAAUUAUGAAUUAACAUUAAAAAUUUGAAUCGCUUGCGAUGUCCUUUAUUACUGUACGAAAACAAAACGAAUUAAUACUAAUGAUAACAUUAUAAAUAAUGUAACACACUAAUAUUGUUAUACAAAUACAUUCUCUCCGUUAGAUGUUUUGUAUUGCUUCCGUACAGUUAAUAUCAAAAAAAAUGGAAGAAAUUCAAAUGCAAAUGAAUAUAUUAAGUCAUCUUACAAAAAAUUCGGUUUUUUCAAUAAAUAUAUUAGAUGAAAAUAAAUUAUCUGUCCAUUAUUAAAUAAUAUAUUUUUUUUCAUUUCUAUAAUAAUUUUCCAUCUUUCCAUUAAAUUUUUUUUUUUACUUUAUUAUAAAAGUCAUAUUGCGAUCAUAUACUUUUAUUACUAUAAUUUUAACUUUAACAAAUCGUGUUAUUUGUAGGAUGACUUGAUAUUUUUAUUUAAAAAAAAAAAAAAAAACAA